UUUCUGAGUGGAGAUGCCUACAAGGGAGAGUGGGCUGAGAACGAGAUGCACGGCAAGGGCACGUAUGAAUUCGCCAAUGGGCACAAGUAUGUCGGCGAAUACCAAAAUGGUCAACGACACGGACAAGGCCAGCUCAAGUAUGCCUCUGGUGACUUGUACGAGGGCCAAUUUGAGCACGGCGCCCCCCACGGGCACGGCACCUACCAUUACAAGAACCACGACGUGUACGAGGGCGGCUGGCGUAACGGCAAGCGCCACGGCCAAGGG